CACGGCUAUCAACGAGCAGAGAGCUCCUCCUCCCUUCUCUCCUCUCCGGUCACUCUCUGCUAAAGCCACCCGGCCGCUGCUGCACCACGCCGGAAGCGGAGGUGGUGGUGGGAGGGGUAAAAAAGGGGGAGGAAUCCGAGCUGUGGGAGAGCAAGGAGAGGGAAUGUCUGGUCCGGUCAGCGCGCUGGUGGAGAAAAGUCUCGCCUUUCGGAUUCGAUUUCGGCUCCACUUCACCUAGCCCUCCCUCCCACACUAGCGAGACGAGGCAGAGCUUUGCUUCUUGUUCUGCCGCUCCGUUUCUUCUUCAGCUUGGUGCUCGAAGAGGAGAGAGGCUUCUCUCUCUAGGAAGCUAAGCUUGGUGGUGCUGUUCUUGGUGGGAGGCGAGGAGGGCGUGAGGGUAGGCUCUCUCACGCCUGUUUGUGCGUGGAGGAGAAAGGAGGCGUUUUUGUUGUUUCUGUCAGCGUUCUCGUCAGCUGCAGUUUCUUGUCAGUUUCCAUGGAGGAAAGAGCAUGAGCAAGAAGAAACCAGCAGAAGAUGGCAUCUCCAGCCAGCGGAGGAACUAGAGCUCACUCAUUUGAUCCUGUUACUUGAGCAUUUUGAUUGGUAUCUUGCUCAAGGAGCAAUUUUUUUGAGGUGCCAAUCUGUUCUGUUUCCAUGGAGGAAGGAGGUGGGAUGAUGGCGAGCAAGAACCCUACCAAAACCCUCGCCAUCCUCCUGCUGGUGCUCGUCUUCUUCCUCCUCUCGCUGUGCUCGCUCGCCGCCUCCCAGCCGCUCCACUCGGAGCCCAUGUCCACGGCCGAGUACUCCCCGCCGCCCUCGCCUCCCCCGCCGCAAUCCAAGAUUCCCCACGCACAAGCCGGCGGCGCCGCCCGCCUCCGCCGCAUCGUUCUCGGCGUCCUCUUCGGCUCCCUCACUGGCUUCCUCCUCGCGCUCGCCUUCCUCUACGCCAUUCGCGUCGCCAUCCUCCACGCCAAGUACGCUCCGGCAAUCAUCAAGGGCCCUGUCUCAUUCACCCCACAGAUUUCCCCCAAGAACCUCCAGUCCGCGCUCCCUUCCGCGCAGCCGCUGACCCAUGGCCCCAACGGGAAGUACUACAAGCUGGUCCUUGACAACGAUGUCACCGUCGCCGUCAAGCGGCUUGAAGCGGCCAGCCGCCCGGAGGCCUCGCCGUCAAUGCCCAAUGUUUCCAAGUCUGACAUGAGGAGGGUGCAGAGGCAACUGGAGUUGCUUGCUCGGGUGAGGCACCAGAAUGUCAUGGCGUUGAAGGCGUAUGUCCGGGAGGCUGACCGGCUCUCGCUGGCGUACGACUUCGUGCCCGGGGGCAGCCUUGAGGACAUGAUGAAGAGGGUGAGGUCGCAGCAGGUGAACCUCAAUUGGGAUGCAAGGAACAGGAUUGCAAUUGGAGUGGCCAAGGGAUUGAGGUAUUUGCAUUUUGAAUGCAACCCCAGGAUACUACAUUCCAACCUCAAGCCGUCGAAUGUGAUGCUAGAUGAGGGUUUUGAACCGAGCUUGGCAGAUUGCGGGGUUUCAAGGCUUAUUGCAUCAGGUUCAGCUGAUCCAGAAUUGGCCAACAGCCUUUAUUCUGCCCCAGAGUGCUACCAAAGCAGCAGAUACACAGAUAAGAGCGAUGUCUACAGUUUUGGCAUGAUCCUUGGCGUGUUGCUAACUGGGAGAGACCCAGCAGAUCAAUUUUUCUCAGGAGAAACUGGGCGUGGUGGAUUAGCUAGAUGGCUACGGCACAUGCAACAAUCUGGUGACGCAAAGGACGCACUGGAUAGUAGCAUCUUAGGAGAGGAGGGUGAGGAAGAUGAGAUGGUCAUGGCUGUUCGGGUUGCUAUUAUCUGUCUCUCAGAUUUACCCGCUGAUCGGCCAUCCAGCGAUGAACUAGUCGCCAUGCUCAUCCAGCUCCACAGCUUCUAAUCUCCAUCCAAAGCUUUUGUCGUCGUACUAAUCUCUGCAUGUUCUUCAAUCAUGGAACAGCUCUGAAUCAUGCUGAGGGGUCAAAACCCUGGAUGCACAAACAGGUGUAGCUUUCAGUGUCUUCCCUUGGAGAGCCCAUGCUAAAUGUCCCACAUGGUAGCUAACAAUUUUCAGAAGGACAGUGUAGGAGGCUUGCUGGUAGGUCUUAGUUCAGUUUCUGUUGUGUGUUGCAGCUACAUGCUGGUGGUUGAGCUCCCUCCCUGUGAGAAUGUGAUGCUUUGCCCAUGCAUGAUUUGGAGGUAGGAAGAUGUGAAUAUAUGUCUUUGUAGAAAGAAAAGCUGUCUUUUUCUUGGAUCUAUUGCAGACUUGCAGAUGAUCAUGAUGUGCUUCUGCAUUUGACCGAUCCAUCAAUCUAUCAUGUACAUCGGCUCCACCCCUUGCCCAUGACUUGCUGAAGGAGUGUCGGGUCCAGCCAUUUUGAUGGCAUUUUCUCUUCAGUUCACAUGCUCACCCUUUGCAACACCAUCAGCCUGCUGCCAAUGUUUCAUGCUCACAGAUGUGCUCACCUUUGGUAUUGGAAAUUUCAUACUCCACGAAACGAGUACAUCUUGUAUGCUAGCUCAGCAUGUGUGUAACUUGUGUUGUUGAGCAUGAGGAAACAUAUGUUCAGUGACAAGAAUCCAAUGUGAAUCUGAACAUUGGACAUUUUUCCCACAUUGCAUGUUCAUC